AUGUUGGUUAGCAGAAUCAGGAAGUUUGCUGUGUGUGGGUUGUGUGACAGAGACAAACUCCCCAAAUACAGUCAUUGCAGGAUCCAAGCCAGCAUCAUCAUGCGCCCCGUCCCGGCUCCGGCGUUUCUCCGCGCCCUGAGGCUCCUGCUGCCGCUGCUUGCCUGCGGCUGGGGUCCCGCCGUCGCCUCUCCCAUCUGGAGCAACGCCGACGAACUGGUGCACCUCUACACCUCCAGCGCCAGGAAGAGCUUCCACCUGCAGAUCCACCCCGACGGACGCGUGGAUGGCAGCCCGUCCCAGACCGUGCAUAGUGCUUUGACGAUCAAAACUGAAAAUUUUGGCUAUGUAGUGAUCAUCGGCGCAAAGAGCGGACUUAACCUUUGUAUGGACGAUAACGGAAAUCUCUUUGGAUUGAAUUCCUUCGGCAACGAGGAUUGCGUUUUUAAACACACGAUGCUCGAAAAUGGCUACGAUAUUUACCACUCCCCCAAGUACAAUUACCUGGUCAGCCUAGGAAGGGCAAAGCAACCGUUGUUUCCCAAUAUGAACCCGCCAGCUUUCUCUCAGUUUUUAACCAGAAGGAAUGAAAUCCCCUUAAGCCAGUUCAACACGCCUGUGGCUCAGGAAAGAGACACCUGGGACGACGAUGCCGAGCUGUGUGGGGGCAUCUUGGCGGGAAAGAUACCGGAUGAAAGCCCAGAUGAGGUGGGCAUCCACCCCUGCUUGACCAGCUCAAAUUCCGAAGAGAGAGACCCAAACGGCGCCACGCUGAGUCGAAGAUUUCCUAGCCCCCGAAUGGAUUCCUGA